AUGCUGGAUUACAAUGUAGAUACCCCCGCGCAUAAAGCGAAUAUUGUGAGUGAAUUCAAAAAGAGCACUAUUUCAUUCAUGUCUCAGGCUGGCACUACCUGUGUCUACAAACCUGGUACUAUCAAUAUGUACAAACCUGGUACUAUCAAUAUCUACAAACCUUGUACUAUCAAUAUCUACAAACCUGGUACUAUCAAUAUCUACAAACCCGGUACUAUCAAUGUCUACAAACCUGGUACUAUCAAUAUCUACAAGCCUGGUACUAUCAAUAUUUACAAAACUGGUACUUUCAAUAUCUACAAACCUGGUACUAUCAAUGUCUACAAACCUGGUACUAUCAAUGUCUGCAAACCUGGUACUAUCAAUGUCUGCAAACCUGGUACUAUCGAUGUCUGCAAACCUGGUACUAUAAAUGUCUGCAAACCUGGUAUUAUCAAUGUCGACAAACCUGGUACUAUCAAUAUCUACAAACCUGGUACUAUCAAUAAUUACAAACCUGGUACUAUUAAUAUCUACAAACCUGGUACUAUCAAUAUCUACAAACCUGGUACUGUCAAUAUCUACAAACCUGGUACUAUCAAUAUCUACAAACCUGGUACUAUCAAUAUCUACAAACCUUGUACUAUCAAUAUCUACAAACCUGGUACUAUCAAUAUCUACAAACCCGGUACUAUCAAUGUCUACAAACCUGGUACUAUCAAUAUCUACAAGCCUGGUACUAUCAAUAUAUACAAACCUGGUACUGUCAAUAUCUACAAACCUGGUACUAUCAAUGUCUACAAACCUGGUACUAUCAAUGUCUGCAAACCCGGUACUAUCAAUGUCUACAAACCUGGUACUAUCAAUAUCUACAAGCCUGGUACUAUCAAUAUUUACAAAACUGGUACUGUCAAUAUCUACAAACCUGGUACUAUCAAUGUCUACAAACCUGGUACUAUCAAUGUCUGCAAAACUGGUACUAUCAAUGUCUGCAAACCUGGUACUAUCGAUGUCUGCAAACCUGGUACUAUAAAUGUCUGCAAACCUGGUAUUAUCAAUGUCGACAAACCUGGUACUAUCAAUAUCUACAAACCUGGUACUAUCAAUAAUUACAAACCUGGUACUAUUAAUAUCUACAAACCUGGUACUAUCAAUAUCUACAAACCUGGUACUGUCAAUAUCUACAAACCUGGUACUAUCAAUAUCUACAAACCUGGUAAUAUCAAUAUCUACAAAUCUAGUACUACGUAUAUGCACAAACAAAAUACUAUAUGUAUGUAA